UAUACCACAGAGUAAUAUACUGAACAUACACACCUGUCACAGGAUAGAAAGUAGAUACACACUGCCACACUGUUCAGGUUAACAUUUAAUACAGCCAGGUUCAGUGCAAGGUUGCAGUGCACUCACUCUCAUCUGUACUGUGAUUCACCCCCCUGAGGGAUUUUAUUAGUCAUGUGCAUCUUGUUGCCAUUUUUAAGGUAGUCAGACUCCAACUCCGUGAGCACGAUACAGUAGAUGACCCUGAACUCAUCGAGGUUGAACCUAGAAGAUUUUUAAAAAUGCAUUUCCAAUUAAAAGUAAUAUGAAAAUAUUUGAAUGUUGCACUCUGAAAAGGUUAAACCUAUUACAAUAGAUGCAGCAUUUAACCAAAGUUCAAUUUUAGCUCCUGCUUUUUAAAAUACCUAUAAACAUCAAGCAGCUCUUUCCACCACUGUUGUUCUCUCACGCCACUGCAACUGUUGCAUCAGAUGAGACCUUAAUGGCCAAAAUUCAGCAAUCAAAUUAAUUAAAUUGAAUUGGUAUUUCCCCUUUGAGAUGAAAUACGUCAGCAUUUUUUAUUAGAACGGAUAAUGAAAGCAAUACGUCAGACAUGUUAAUAAUUUUCAUCAGUUUUUCAUUAAUGGAUGAUCACUGAUCCCUAAACAAAUCUGAAAGCUCACUAAUACAGAGAGUCCAUCAUGAAAAUAUUAUUAGAGCUUGGGCUUGCUCCAAGAAUGAGCGGGAUGGUUUCAUGCAUGCAAAUAGAGACUAGACACACAGACACACCCUUCCACCCACUCAUGUACAGAAAAAUGAGAAUGAGGUAGUGGGAGCUGAAGAUGAAAUGGCAACCCCCCCCCCAUCAAUUCUUCCUGUAUCCCUCUCCUCUUCUCCUCCUUUUCUCAGACUGGAGCCUGGCGCUCAUGUGAUUCCACGAUUAGACCGCCCACACAACAUACACGUGCUUUUCAUAUUAACACACACACACACAUCAUAUGUGCACACACUUCUUCCACUUUACUUUGACUGCCUUGCCCUCCCGUCACAUAUAUAUCCUGCUUGGAUACAUAUACCAUCACACAUAUCAGCAGGACUUUCCUGGGGGGCAACCCCCCCCCCAAAAUGCUGCAGAUCAGUCAACGAGCAGCUUCAGUCAGUGGGGAAGAAUUAUCCAUGCUGGCACUUGGGAACAAAGGCAGGCACAUGGGAGGCCGGAGUGAACAUUGUUUCUGCAUCGCUGACGGACUUGUUGAACGGUUUCAUUUCAAAUAGAUCUUUAAUGACCUCUGAAAGUGUCUUUGAGGAAGAGUGAGACCUCUCUGGACCAUUGAAACCUUUAUGUUUGAAUAACUCAGUUGAGGAAAUGCUCAUUUAACCCCAUUCAGAAUGUUUUUCAUAGCUGUUAACAGUCACCACUACUGGAACUAAAUAUAAAAGCAAAUUAACUGACUUCCUGUCACUUAUUGACAAAACUUCCAUAAUUGUCUUAUAAUAUUUUACAUCAGCCUAAAAACAUGGUUAAACUGUAUUCAGCAAAUAAAAGGUUGGGUUAACAAAUUUAGAAGGACUAACUGCCCUACUAUAAUUUUUUUGUCACCAUAAUGUGUGCCACUGAAGCGUUCUUUUAUUUUCAUCACAUCAACAUUUUAUUUUCAUUAUGCUAAGGUAGCCUGCUUUGAGUGUAUUUCUGUGUCAAAAUAUUUUGUUAUCUUCUGUUUAUGAUCAUAUUCAUGAUAAAGGUCUAUCUACCCACAUCUUUGUGGUACGUGGUGUACUGUAUUAAUUUUGGCUACAUGAAUGAAAUCCCCCCCCCCAUUCAGCUUCCAUUCAGAGCUUUUGCCUCAUAUCUUCUUCAAACUUGGUGCACAUGGUGUGUCUUACAACCUCCGCCUCCGACACACUCAGCCCUGCCUACUUUGUACAUCUCCCACCCAAUUAGGGCCCUCUGUCUCUCCCAACCGCUGCUGCAGCAGGCGCCUGAUUGGCUGCUAUUCUUAGGCAUUUUUGGAAGGAGGUGGGGAUUAGAGUAUCUCUUCUCCCUCUGUUUACACACAUGCGGGAGCAGGCAGUAACUGAGUGAAUGAGGGAGAGUCAGGGGGAGCGAUGGAGUGUAGCUUCUCAGCCUUGCAUCCUCGCAUCCCACAGCAUUCCCACAGCUACGCUUCCACUCUUUUGUUCUCCCUUGGACCUCUGAACAGUUUUUUCCCCCAUCUGUUCAUCUCGAACUGAUCAAAGCUUCCAAAGCACUAACCAGUGGACUGUCUGCUUGCAGUGGAUUUUGCUCAGGCAAGCAGUAUAGGAGCACAAAGUGUCCCUGCUGUCUGUUUCUCUGUCGAACAGGCAGAGUCGGAGGACGAACAGAAAGCUCAGCUCUCUCGUUCAGUUUUAUUUUUGCUCCCAUGCUUGACUUUGCGCUAAAAUGCCAGAAGUGAGUUAUUUCAUCUCGGUGUCGUGGAAGUUCAUUCAGUUCAAGAGGAUGCUGAACCGAGAGCUCACCCAGCUGUCAGAAACCAGCCGUUCAGGGAACCAGGUGUCUGAGUUCAUCUCUAGCACCUUCCUAGAGAAGCAACAUGACAUGGACAUCAUGUCUCCCCCCACCAAGGAGAAGGACAAGAAGAAGCGGCCCAUGUCCCAGAUCAGCGGUGUGAAGAAGGCCACCCACAGCCCCAGCCUCGCCCCCUCCACCAUCCCUCGCUUUGGGGUCAACGCCAGCCAGGAAGGACUCCUAGCCAGGGAGUUGGAGGACAUAAACAGAUGGGGUAUUGACAUCUUUAAGGUCUCUGAGUAUUCUGGGAAUCGCCCACUGACGGUCACCAUGUACACCAUCUUCCAGGAACGUGACCUGCUGAAGUCCUUUAAGAUUCCAGCGGACACUUUCAUUACCUUCAUGAUGACUUUGGAGGAUCAUUACCAUGCUGACGUGGCGUACCACAACAACAUUCAUGCUGCAGACGUGGUCCAGUCCACGCAUGUCUUACUGUCCACACCUGCUCUGGAGGCUGUGUUUACUGAUCUGGAGAUCCUCGCUGCGCUGUUUGCCAGCGCCAUCCAUGAUGUGGAUCACCCUGGAGUUUCCAAUCAGUUCCUCAUCAACACCAACUCAGAGCUGGCCCUGAUGUACAAUGACUCGUCGGUGCUGGAGAAUCACCACCUGGCUGUUGGCUUUAAGCUCCUGCAAGAAGACAACUGUGACAUCUUUCAGAACCUCAGCAAAAAGCAGAGACAGUCGCUGCGCAAAAUAGUCAUUGAUAUGGUGCUGGCCACAGAUAUGUCUAAACACAUGAACCUACUGGCAGACCUGAAAACCAUGGUGGAGACCAAGAAAGUUACCAGUCUGGGAGUCCUGCUGCUGGACAACUACUCAGACCGCAUACAGGUCCUUCAGAACAUGGUGCACUGUGCAGACCUGAGCAACCCCACCAAGCCUCUUGAGCUGUACCGGCAGUGGACAGACCGCAUCAUGGUGGAGUUUUUCACCCAGGGGGACAGGGAGAGAGACAAGGGCAUGGAGAUCAGCCCCAUGUGUGACAAACAAAAUGCCUCAAUCGAGAAGAACCAGGUGGGUUUCAUUGACUACAUUGUUCAUCCUCUGUGGGAGACAUGGGCCGACCUUGUCCACCCAGAUGCUCAGGAGAUCCUGGACACACUGGAGGAUAACAGAGAGUGGUACCAGAGCAUGAUCCCCCACAGCCCCUCACCUAACCCAGAGAACCAGGAGGACGGAGCCCUUGCUGGGGAAGCCUCAGCCGGUGGCUCCACUUCAGCCGAUAAGUUCCAGUUUGAGCUGACCUUGGAAGAAGAAGGAGAGUCUGAUACAGAGAGUCCACCUGAUGAAGAUGAGGGCUACAGAGGCAGCAGGGGGCCUGAACUCUCCAGAACUGAUUCUGGCAGCUCAUUGGAUGCAGUGUCUGCUAUGACUCACCUGCUCUCCAAAAAGCCCAUUACUGAUUCAAGCAGGACGUUUUCUUUAGACUCUGAGAAAGAUAUGGCAGAAGACAGAGAAACAGACGAGGAAGGCGUCUCUGGGGUACCUCGCUUCAGACUUGGCACAUAGCACCAGUCAAAAGUUGUAUUUCUGUUGGCCUUUUUUGUUUAAUUUUCUUGAUUUCGGUGCCUCGUCCUCUGUCACUCCCCUUCUUCCACUCCAAGCAAACACCACCACCUCUGGUUUCCGCCGACAGGGUGACAGCAAGCCUCGGGGUGGGGAGUACGGGAGUGCAGGUGGGUGUGGGGGGUGUUAAGAAAGCCUGCAGUUUUACACAGCAGUCACUUGCACUGGAGAGAGACAAACAGACUGAGUCACUGUUCCAGUAGAGGACAGGAAACCAAGUUUCUGACUGGUCCUUUGAGUUCUGUGUCUUUCACUCAGACAUACCGUGGAUUAAGUUCUACAGAGACAAUGAGAAGUUAAAGAAAAACUUCCCUUUAACCAGCCAACCCAAGGUCUACUACACAAAUGACAGCACUGUCUUCCUCUUUUGGAGUAUUUGUGAAGAAAGUGAAGAAGUGAUGAAUGGACGUGAAAACACGACAAAAUCUUGUAAGACAUCUUGCCAAACUUGCAAUUUACACGGACAAUGCUGUUUUGCCUGCCUUUUUUGUUUUAUGUUUGUUUGUUUAUUCUGUUGUCUUUUAUUUAGGUCCAUACACAGUGAAAUACAGUAAAUGAAGAUACAGCAAAUAGCAGACUUCAAAGCAGUGUAAGCAGAGUAAUGGCAGGAAGGAGCUAUGCAUGAUUUUAUGCAGGUAACUUUAAAUGUAGCAGACAUUUUGAGUGACUCCAUCAUUAUUAUUGUAUAUGCACUUCUUUCAGCUGGUGUUGCACAGCCCAUUUCAUUGUGCUCAGCAGGCAGUUGUUUUGGUAGAGUAUAUUUUUAUGAUGAAGUGGCUGGCAGUAUAUAUUAUUUUGAGAUUUUCAGUUGUUUCAAGCUUACUAUUUCCAUUUUCCAUUUCCAUUUCCUAAACUAUGAUAUUGUCAGCGACAAAACUGAGCCAGGGUCAAUGCAGUGUUCAGGCUGUGCACAUGGCGCCUCCCAGUGUUGACAAGUGGAACUGGCUUUGCAGGCAAACGAUUAGCAAGGUUUUGCAUAGGCCUUUAUUUAAAAUAUAUUCAAAACGUAUUUAACUACAGGGCUACCCAAAAUAUCAGUUAUGUCUCAGUUUUGUUGCUCUUAUUAUUAAUUAUUUUUGUUGGAUUAAAAAAAAAAUCUUAAUAUUUGGCACCAAUUUUAUCAGUUUGCCUUCAAGUGUAGCACUUUACAGUUUAGUUCAUAGCUAGCCCUCAUUGUGGUUUUUAAGGGCUUGAGCCAAAACAUGAACACAUUGGAGGCUGUUGACUGCGAAAUAGUUUGUCAUUUGUUGUCAAGCAACCAGCACAGACAUCAUGCAAAAAAACUAAACACUACAGUACAGCUACAAAUGCAUUCAACUGUCCAUUCACACCCAUUAUCGCUACUUCAUAGUGUUUCAAACACAGCAUCCACCUACUGAAAUAACGUUUUUGGUAACAUCCAAUUGCAUAAAUUCCUAAACUGAUAAGGGCAGUGUAUUAGAAGGGUUGCAAAGAACGAUGUUAGCAUCAUUGUAACUGUAAAAAAUCCAGGGGGUUACCAAGAGACAGUUUCCUGUGCCAGAAUGCUUUUCAUCUUUUUUCUCUCAUUGAUCAAUAUUUCGCUCUUCACAGGGACAUAGUCAAUGACAAAACAAGUGCCAAGCAAGCAUGACACAACCCGUACUGUAAUUUCCAUUUUGCCACUGGCUACUUUCCAUCAGUGACUGAUAAAGUUGGUUGAUUGUAGCACCCUGUGUGCCAAUCUGACCCCAGUGUCUCUGUUCCUUUUUUUCUGUUCAUACAGUAACUGAAACUGAUAUUGUCUUAAAACAGUGAUGUGUGUUUUUGUGUGUGAGUGAAUGAAUGGGUUGACUUUUUUGAUGUAUUUGCUAAGAAAAAACCAAAGCACUUUGUAUGGUACUUUUACAGUUCUGCACUUCCAGUAGAGUUGAACAUGUAUAACGUGACUGUUUCACUGUUUUUCUGUUGGCAAAUGGCCUGGUGGUUGAGUUGAAUUGCACGGGCUGGGCCACUACAGCUCUUAAAGGUUGGAUGUUGGAGGGACUGAAGUUGUUCUUUGUUUGUUUUUUUGUUGAUGUUCUUUUUAUAAAUUGACUGUACAAAAAAAGUGUUUUGUUGAAAUGCAUGACAUUGGCUGCAGGAUUCAAAGAAUAUGAAGAGUAUAUAGAGUACUUAUAAAACUUAGCCUGUGGAGAAACCUGUUUUUUUUUAUUAUUAACAUGAAACAGAGUCAAUUAUGUUUUAACGUGUGAACGAGCUGAACGUAUUUUUGACGCCUUAUUUUUAAAUUUGGGAUUAUUUUCUGGUCAUAGAUGUUUUCACUGACAUGCUGGAGUAAAACAUGUGCAAUCCUUUCUGUAGCCAUAAACAGCACCAAACAGACCAACACUCAAGGAUGCCUUCAACAUUAAGGACUAUUUAACAACAGCUUAACCAGCACAACAUGCAAAGAUUCGGUCUGUCUCUCUGCGUGUCACUAAUUGUUUGAUUUUGUAUUUGUAUUUUCCUCACAGUGCUUCAUGUACAGUUUAUUUAUUAUUUCUGUUAUCUGUCAGAAACGAUGGAACAGUAGACUUUACUUUAGUCUGAAGUGUAGUACUUAUGUGUAGCUUGAUGUGUGAGAAAGUCAAACAGGACAGAUUUCAACUAUUACUCAGCUUUUUUCCUUCUCAUUACAUUUCUUUAUGUCUGCAAAUAGCAUUAUACAUAAGCAAAAAUACAAAUUUUCAUGUUUUUCGUGGUAUAAAAAUAGUUGAGUGACAGAUUUCCGUCUGGGUUUUCUGAAACAUCUCUCCUCUCCUGUCUUCCUCUGCUUCCACUGAUCUGGUAAGAUCAUGUAUUCAUGAAGGAUUUUACAGUAAGUGUGCUGAUCUGAGACGUCUUUGAUUCAUAGUGAAGAUAAUAUAGUCAUACGGCCUCAAGUCAUCCUAGAUCAGUAUUUCUGUUCUUAGAGAUUUUAUGAAUAUGGGUCAUGAACUAAGACUGCAGCUUUGACAAUCCAAACUCUGCUGUUUAACUGCGGGUGUGUUAGCCCUCUCUCCAACUAGAACUGUAUGCCUUGCCAAUAAAGGAAAAACUCUUCACUCUU